AUGGCUCAGUCUGCUAGCUCCAGCCCUCCUGGCCCAAGUUGCCAUGAGAAAAGUUUGGGUCUGCUCGCCGUUAAGUUUGUGUCGUUGCUGCAGGAAGCUCGGAACGGCCUUCUCGAUCUGAAAAGGGCGUCAGACAACCUGGCAGUGAGGCAGAAGAGGAGGAUUUACGAUAUCACCAAUGUCCUCAAAGGAGUGGGCCUCAUUGAGAAAAAAACAAAAAACAUUAUCUAGUGGAAGUAAGGUGAAAGCGCAGGGUACCAGACCAAGGAGGUUCUAGAGCAGGUUCAGCUUCUGAAGACUCACAUUGCAGAGUUGGUGGCUAAGGAGGAGAACCUGGAUAGUCACAAGUCCUGGAUGCAGCAGAGCAUGAAACUCAUGGAUGAUGACCCUGCACACAACAAAUAUCUUUUUUUUUUUUGUGCCUCCAUUUGUAAUGUCUUCAGCGGUGACAACUUAUUGGCUGUUGUUGCACCAUCUGGGACCCAGGUGGAGGUACCUAUGCCAGAGAUGGUUUCUAAUGGGCAGAAGAAAUACCAGACAAAUUUUAGGAGUCAGUCAGCACCCAUCCAGGUCGUUCUGGUCAAUCAAGAGACCAGUUCUUCCAAGCCAGUCGCCUUCUGUGUCCCGCCUCCUGAUGACAUCAUGGCGCUAGCCGGAAUGCAGAAGUACCCCCUAGCUGACCUCUGUAUCCCAACUGACCAUAAGGCCUUGAGGCUAGACCAGCAACUCAGCAGCACCUCUACAGCUGAUACUGCAAACUCCAGUCCAAAUCCUUGCUUGUUGAAGCCCACAUCAGUGACCUGCCCAGUGGUCAUCUCGGAGACUGGUGGCCAGCAGCAUAUAAGUGGUGGCCAUGACCAGUCUGUGCCAGGCCUGGAUGUGAGCAGCCUUUUAAAGCUGAACAUGGUGGACCAGCUGACAGAAGAUCAAGAAGGUAUGGAUUUAUUUGUCAUGGAGUAA